AUCUGAUUGGAUACAGUCUGCCCAGUCGGGAAGUGAGACAGGUCAGUCUUCGGUAGGAUGUAAAUACUGAAUCGCAAGAGUUGCUUUCUAUGCGGAUUUAAAUGUAGUUUAACUAAAACUGUGAAGAUAAAGAGACCCCCGGAGUUAGAGCCGGGGAAGAUGGGAUAUAAAAAUACCACCGAAUGUGAGCACUGGAGUUUGUGAUACCAUUCUGCAGCUAUGGAAAGUAAAGAGAAUGGCACCGGCUUCCCCAGCUUCACACAGUUAGAACACUUCCUUGUAGAGCAUAACUCUAAUUUUGUGUGGCUGCUUGUUGCUACCAUUCUAUCCUGUGGCUGGAUUAUUUAUUUAACAUAUUACAACUCCAGGAAUGUGGGACUGAUUUUAACAGUGAUUCUUAACAGACUAUAUAAAAAUGGCCACAUCCAUAUUGGCUCCUUUUCCUUCUCGGUGCUGUCUGGAAAGGUCAUGUUCAGGGAUAUUUAUUUCAUCAAUGAGGACAUGUCUAUCAGAAUUCAGGAUGGCUUUCUUAUAUUUCGGUGGUGGAAAAUGUAUAAUCCCAAACAAAAGCAGCAUGAUCCUAAGGCAGAAACAAGACUCUAUAUAACUGUGAAUGGGUUUGAAUUCCACGUGUACAACCAAACCGAGCUUUAUGCACACUUACAAGAAAUGUUUGGGUUGGAACCGACCAUCAUUCCACCUAAAAAGGAUGAUGACAAGGCAAAAGAUGAAAGAGAAAAGACACUUGAGGGUGUUCACAUUAAAACGGAAACACAAGACCCGUCUUCGUCAUGGAGAGCCCUCAUCCCUGUUAUCAAAGUGAACAUCAGCACUGGUCGCCUGGCCUUUGGAAAUCAUUAUCUGCCCCAGACGCUCUGUGUUAAUUUUGAUGAUGCCUACCUGACAUAUGCCACCAAGCCUCCUUCCAGUCACCUUGACCAGUUUAUGCACAUCUUGAAGGGCACGUUAGAAAAUGUUCGCGUUAUGGUUGUUCCUAGUCCCAGAUAUGUUGGGCUUCAAAAUGAUGAGCCUCCAAGGCUGAUGGGGGAAGGCUUUGUGGUAAUGCAGUCUAAUGAUGUUGACAUCUACUAUUACAUGGAUGAGCCAGGGCUUGUUCCAGAAGACAUGGAAAACGGGGAGACAGAAGCUUCUAAUGAAGACACUAAACUUCAGGAUUUGCCUCCUUGCUGGGGGCUGGACAUAGUUUGUGGCAAAGGAACAGAUUUCAACUAUGGGCCCUGGGCUGACAGGCAGAGGGAUUGCUUAUGGAAAUUCUUCUUCCCAGCUGACUUCCAGCCCAUGAAAGUCACAGAGAUUGCAAAACCAGGAAAACCCAGACAGAUCCUAGCUUUUGAGCUGCGCAUGAACAUUAUUGCAGACGCCACAAUCGAUCUGCUCUUCACCAAAAACCGGGAGACCAAUGCUGUACAUGUAAAUGUUGGGGCUGGGUCAUAUUUAGAAGUUAAUAUCCCUAUGACUGUGGGAGAAACUGGCUACUCGCCCACAAUUAAAGGUCAGCUUUUGCAUGUGGAUACAACCAGCAGUAUGCAGUAUCGGACUCUUUUGGAGGCAGAAAUGCUAGCUUUUCAUGUCAAUGCCAGCUAUCCAAGGAUCUGGAACAUGCCACAGGCAUGGCAGUGUGAAAUUGAAGUCUACAAGGCAACUUACCAUUUCAUCUAUGCUCAGAAAAACUUUUUCACAGAUUUGAUACAGGACUGGGCGAGUGACAGUGCACCAGAUAUCUACUCCUUUGUCCCAUAUUCCUGGAAGUUCAAAGUCAUGUUUCACCAGUUUGAGAUGAUCUGGGCAGCAAAUCAGCACAACUGGAUAGAUUGCUCCACAAAACAGCAAGAAAAUGUUUAUCUGGCUGCCUGUGGGGAAACGCUCAAUAUUGACUUCACUCUGUCUUUUAAUGAGUUUGUUCCAGUUACAUGCAAUACCACGUUUUCUUUAAGGGCUGAGGAUACAGAUCUCCAGUUAUCGCUGCCAGAUUGCCAUCCCAGUAGAUACUCCUUUCUUACUUUGGUGAAGAAUUAUCAGCCUAACAAAAUCCCUCCAGAGGGCUGCAUUACAACAGAGUCUCAAGCUGGUCCUAAACAAGGAAAGCCAAGGUGGAGGAAUAUUACCCAUUCAGAAGCUGGCUGGGUUGAUUGCUGGACUGUACCAAGCCUGAUGCUCACGAUUGACUACACUUGGCAUCCAAUCUAUCCUCAAAAGGCAGAUGAACAAUUGAAGCAAUCCUUGUCAGAAAUGGAGGAAACCAUGCUUUCAGUACUCCGACCAUCACAGAAACCAGAAGACAGAACCCCCUCCUCUCCUAACCAGUUCAACAGGUUUCCUCUUGAUCCAUCAGAACUGCCACCGGACAGACUUCACGUGGAGCUGGAACUUUCUCCUGACUCACAAAUGACACUUUAUGGACCGAUGUUGAAAGCACUUUUUUCUAUAAAGGAGAAUUACUUUGGGGAAGAUGACAUGUAUACAGAUUUCGAGGAAGCAGUCUCAAGCCCCGUGCUGUCCCUUUCCACCUCCUCAAGCUCUGGGUGGACAGCAGUGGGGGUUGAGGACUGUGAGAAGAAGGAAAAUGAAAACGGAACAAAGCAAAUCCACCCACUCACCCUUCGCCCCUGGGAGAUCACUGUACUCAUUAAUUUAUACAAGGUGCACGGUCGGCUCCCAGUGCACUGCAGCAGUGAUGGCCCUGAAUGCCCUGCAGCUUACUUGGAGAGACUGUGCUUUGAAAUGAAAAAAGGUUACAAAGAAACGAUGCUGCAGCUUGUGCUAUCCCCAGUACACAUUUUUAUGAGCGACAGCUAUCAGAGGCCAGCAACUGAUGGAGUACUCCGAGAAGGCCACAUCAGUCUCUCAGGACUACAGCUCCGGGCACACGCUAUGUUUUCAGCAGAGGGCUUGCCUUUGGGAAGUGAUUCUCUGGAAUAUGCCUGGUUGAUUGAUGUACAGGCUGGAGCGUUGACAGCUAAAGUGACAGUUCCACAGCUGGCAAGCCUGCUGGAGUGGGGAGAGACAUUUGUUUUCCAUGUGGUUUCUCGCGAGUUUGAGCUUGAAAGACCAAAGUCUAUGGUAAUCUGUCAGCAUGGAGUAGAUCGCCGCUUCUGCAAGGCCAAGUUGACAUGUGUUCCUGGGCCAUGCCGGACUUCGGAAGAUGUGAAGUACACCAUGACCCGACUCGCAGUAGAUUGUGCAGAUCUAUUUGUUGUGGAACAAGGGUGUGCAGCCAAUAUUAAGACAAGUGCCAUUCGCCUUGCCAACUGUAACCUCCAUAACCAAGCAGUAGGGGAAGGAAUAAGUGCUGUGGUUCAGGAUGUCCAGAUCAGGCAAUUCAUUGAGCUGCAGGAUAGCUGCCGACUGGGAGUCCAGACGUCCGUGCUGCGCAGGUCCUACUGGCUGGAGGCAGGGUCUGUCAACUUCGGACUGAUAACUGCGGAUGUGGCCUUGGCAGCAGACCAUCCCUCCAAACACGAAGUUCAAAGACAGUUCUUAGAAAUGCACGACAAUAGGACUAAAAGGCUCUGGUUCCUUUGGCCAGAAGAUGUUGUUAGGAACAAGAGAAGCAGGAAUAGGUGUGGCUGUUUAGGAGGGUGUCGUUUUUUCGGAGGCACUGCUGCAGGACUGGACUUUUUCAAGCUUGAUGAGAUGACACCCUCCAGCAGCUCUGCGUUUUCCAGCUGCAGUGCAGACUCGGACAUGUGCUAUGGGCAGUCACUGCUGCAGCCCGCAGAGUGGAUUAUCAUCAAGGAGGCUCCCAAACACCCAGAGGGUAAGCCAAAUGGAACAAAGAAAAAAGAGUGGGACACGCGGUCAUUGGGAGCUGACCUUGAGAAGAAGGGUCAGCUCUUGAGCCUGCAGGUUCCGCUGCGUUCUCACAGUUCCACCUCCUCUUCCGAUGAGAACAGCAGUUCCAGUGCAGCACUCCCCCUGCUGGCCAGUGAGAAGGACAGCCCGUCUCCCAGCACUGAUGAACACAUUGUGCGUGUGGAGUUCACACCUGGCUCGAAACCACAGGGUGUCAGUGGAGAGGUUCUUGCUGAAGCUCCAGAGAGCACUCCCGUCUCCCCCAGCAGCACCCAGGACAGGUCUUCACUGCGCUCGCCUCUGCGCUCUCCACUGACGCGCCAGGCCUCUGUCUGUUCUACUCGUCUGGGAAGCACCAAGAGCCUGUCCGCAGCUGUCUUUGAGAGGCAGCCCCCUCCAGCUGGAGUGCAGUUCAGCAGUGAGGUGUCUCGCAGCGAUGAAAAUGUAUUGGAUUCACCCCGGCAGAGAAGGAGCUUCGGGUCCUUCCCCUUCACCCCCUCAGCAGACUCCAACUCCUUCCACCAGUACCGCUCCAUGGACUCCAGUAUGUCGAUGGCCGACAGCGAAGCUUACUUCUCUGCAGCGGAGGAGUUUGAGCCCAUCAGCAGCGACGAAUGUCCAGGGACCUACCCUGGGAGGAAAAAGAAAAAGAAACAUGCCCAGCAGAUCAACUGCAGCAGGAACUCCAUUUAUCACAGCGUUGAGGGGCCGCUGACCUAUGUCCUCAAUGGGGAGACUAUCCAUGAGCCCAGGCCGUUACCCAUCCCCACGCACCCCUCUCAGGCAUCCUUUGUGUCCGCACUAGGGGUGGAGGAAGAAUCUGCAGAGCAUGUGUACUCUGCGGAAAUGGAGAAUGUUCCAGAGGUUGGCCAGAUGACAUCCCAGCCUCAUGUGAUGAACUGCUACCAGAACUACCUUUCCCAUUACCAGGUGUUUAACUGGUUGGUUAAGCAGCCAACCAACAAGAGAACCUCCAAGUCCUCUUUACAUCGCCCGCUGGAUCUCGACACGCCAACCAGCGAGGAGAGCUCCUCUUCCUAUGACCAGCUAUCCAUUCCUGCAUUUAAGAUUGUGAAGCAUGGCCUUUCUGCUAAUUCAUUACUGGACAGAGGCGUUCAACUCAUGGGAUCAUCAUCCAGCACGCCGUACACGCCAUUAGAUAAGAAGGCUAUGGAAAACACUGAUGAUGAAACGAUCACUGAAGACUGGACUCUGGAUCAACCACUGUCCCAGACGAGAACCACUGCCAUAGUAGAAGUGAAAGGAGCCGUGGAUGUUGUCUUGACACCUCUCAUGGCCGAGGCUUUGGACAGGUACAUUGAGGCAAUGGUUCAUUUUGCAAGUAACAGGCAUCCUGCUUCCAUAGUGGAUGAUCUGCAUGGCAAGGUGCUAAGUGAGGCUUAUCAGAUCAGCAAAUCCACCGUCUCUGACUCAGGUUCUACAAAACAUGAAUCCAGAGGAUCGAAGAUAGAGAAUGCUGCACCUGGAUCUACAAACUCAGGAAACAAGCAAACUGACUUGUCAGCAAAACAGGAUAAUGUGAAAAUUAAAGGUCUCCAGGCCAAUGUUUCCAUACCAAAGGUAAACCUGUGCCUGCUGCAAGUAUCUAUUGAAGAAGGCUCUCCUUCGAGCUCGAGUAAAAAUGUGACUCAUGUUUCCCUUGUGGCAUUGUGUUUCGAUAGAAUCGCUACGCAAGUCCGAAUGAAUAGGGGUGUUGUAGAAGAAGGACCGAACAACACAGAACAUGGCAGACCCUCUGUAUCCUUUGAGAAAUAUGCAUCUGCCACUAAAAUGCAGCCCCAGUCCUCUGGCUCGCUGAGGUCGAACGCUGGGAUUGAGAAAGGGAAAGAGAUUGCAGCCAAGCUCAAUAUACAUCGCAUCCACGGCCAACUGAGAGGUCUCGACACAUCAGACAUAGGCACCUGUGCCAUCACUGCCAUUCCGUUUGAGAAGUCCAAAGUGCUGUUUAGCCUGGAGGAGCUGGACGAGCUUACCUUUGUGGAUGAGACUGAUCCAAAGGGGGGUCCUGAUCUAACACGCACAGCAGCCAGCCUGGAGAAAUGGGGAUGGAUCAUGUUCGAGUGUGGCAUUGAAAAUCUAACCGUGAAAGGAGGAAGGCAGUCAGGGGCUGUUUUAUACAGUGCCUUUGGGGUUAUGGGUAAAGCAGAUGCCACCGAACGGAAUGGCUUGUUGAAGUCAAAUGGGUCUUCUGGCUCGCAGACUGGCAGCGGCUACAGCACCGAUGUGUCUGAAGAUAACCUUCCGCAAGAUGGGGCCAAUCCCUUCUCAGACGUCAAUGGGAAUUCAGACUCGGAUGAGCAGGAUGAAGGUGUGGAAUCAGAUGAUUUGAAGAAGGAUUUGCCUCUCAUGCCACCCCCUCCUGACUCCAGCAGUAUGAAGCUCACAAUAACAGAAAUCUGGUUCAGUUUUGCAGCUCCGACGAACGUGCGCUCCCCUGCCCAGACAUUCUCAAGGCAGCUGAAUCUUCUAAGCACAGCCACCCCUGCUAUUGGGGCCUGGCUGAUUCCAAUUGACCAGCUGAAAUCCUCUCUGAAUAAACUGGAGACUGAAGGAACCCUCCGAGUGUGUGCAGUGAUGGGCUGCAUCAUGACUGAGGCUUUAGAGAAAAAAGGGAUUCACAUUCCUCUGAGAAGCAAGUACAACAGAGUUACUAAACGGGCGCGCUGUCUCCAGGAAAACCCAUCCUGUUUACUGUGCAAUAUUCUGCACCACUAUCUACAGCUGGCAGACUACUCCAUCAUUGAGGAAGCCACCAUGAAUGAUGGCCUUCCUGCUCUGGUGACUUUAAAGAAAGGCUUGGUGGCCUUGGCCAGGCAAUGGAUGAAGUUCAUCGUGGUCACUCAAGGGUUUAAAGCGAUUGGGUUACUCAGGCCAGCACAGUUGCCCAAGCCUCAGGAAGGGUCACAGCAUGCAUACGAGGCUGGCCAGGGACUGGACAAUGGGGGAGGCUUGCAGAGCGACACCAGCGCUGACGGGGCUGAGUUUGAGUUUGAUGCAGCUACAGUAAGUGAACACACAAUGCUGUUAGAAGGGACCAGUGCCCGUCCUCCGCCUGCAGGAGUAACCCCAGGCCCAGUCAGUGGCGCAGAGAUUAUGAGAAAACUCUCCAAGUCUCAUAACCACACUGAAUCGGCUCUUAAAAUAAAGGGUAUCCAUCCAUACCAAUCUCUUAGUUACACAAGUGGAGAUACAGCAGCAGAUUCCCCUGCCCAUGUCAGCCGGGCUGGGGUGCCUGUGAAGGAGAGUCCCAGGAAGGAGAGCCUCCUCAGCUACCUCACAGGGAGCUUCCCCAGUCUGCACAACCUCCUGGAAGGAACCCCGCAGAGAAACGCUGGCGGUGGGAAAAGCAGCUCGCUCACCAGGACAGCUAACAAUGUUGCUCCAGAUAUGCUGACAGAGCACCCGUUGCUGUCUGAGCCAUCUUCUGUGAGCUUCUAUAAUUGGAUGUCGAAUGCUGUGGGUAACAGAGGAAGUGUAGUACCGGAGUCUCCUGUCACAAGAUCAGGGCACAAUAGCCUUCAAACAGGAAUUACAUACAACCUUCCUACAAUACCGUCUGCUUCAGACUUUAAUACUGUACUGUCCAGUGACCAAAACACCCUGGAUGGCAGCCAUUCUCAGCACAGUACCAGCCAGCAUGAUAUUGCUGAUAUUGAGGAGAUGAAUCAGGGACCUCUAGCAGUGCAGCUGGCUGAUGCGCAGGUUGUAUUUAAACCCUUACUAAGCCACACCGGUAUCCAGUCUCAAGAUACUGCACCACUAAGAUACAGAAUGUAUUUUGGGGAGCAUCUUUCCUUCUCUGGAACUUUGGAAUGCCUUCGAGCAGAUAUUGUCGAUUCCGAUACAUCUAAGGAGAGAAAAAAUAAAAGAUCAAGAAGACAGGGAGCAGUGAAUCUUCCUCCUUUGGACUUCAAGCCUGCCCUGAUGUUUGAAACCUUCAGUAUUAAUGCUGUAGUGAUGGAGAAAUCCAUGAGCACGCCCCAAAACUCCACCAGUGCCCUUUCUUUCCAUGAUCUCAACAGACGGCAUUACAACACCUUCCACUGUAACUUCACAAUAUCUUGCCAGUCUAUCAGCCAGCAUGUUGACAUGGCGCUAGUGCGGCUCAUACACCAGUUCAGCACCAUGAUUGACGACAUCAAGGCCACCCAGACUGACAUCAAACUGAGCAGGUACACCGCAGGGUCCGCCUCUCCCACCCCAACCUUCAAAACCCGAAAACACGGGGUCUUCCGCUCCUCAGACUUCAGCCGCAGCUCGCGGGGCAGCCUGAACGGGGGCAACAGAGGCAACAACAAAAAGAGCAACCGUGCAGCCAAUGACAACAAUAAGAAAGAACCGCGCAACAAGAACUCCCUGGGCCGCUCCGAGAGGAGGACCUCCAAGGUCUCUCGGAAAGGGUCCAGGGAGGUGGCCGACCACAUGACCAUCCACAUGGAUGACUCAGAUUCCAUUACUGUCUCUGAGCAGAGCGAGCCUUCCGCAGAGUGCUGGCAGAACAUGUACAAGCUGCUUAACUUCUACUCCCUCAUCUCCGAUCCCACUGGCAUUUUGGAGAAGGCAUCCCCCGAAACAGGUUUCCCAACAGAUGGUGGCCGGAGCCCUUCAGAACCAUCAUGCAGAGUAAUCUUUGAGAACGAGCAGGAUAGCUCCAGCCCGCACAAGCUGCAGAGGAAGAGGAGCCUGGUCAGCAAUGAGCCCCAUCAUGUCACCCUGAUCGUGUUCGGGAUAGGCAUGGUGAACCGCACUCACCUGGAGGCUGACAUCGGGGGCUUAACGAUGGAAGCAGAGCUCAAAAAAAUCCAUGGCAGCUUUACACUGAAAGAAAAAAUGAAAGAUAUUUUGCACCAAAAGAUGACGGAGACAUGUGCCUCUGCUCACAUAGGUGGGGUUAAUAUUGUGUUGCUGGAAGGAAUCACACCAAACAUUCAACUGGAGGAUUUCCCUACAUCCCCAACAAGCACUGCCAAACAAGAGUUUCUAACUGUAGUAAAAUGCAACAUUGUCAAAUCUCAGGCACUGUAUAGUGCCCAGAGAGGACUGAAAACAAACAAUGCUGCUGUUUUCAAAGUGGGCACCAUCCUUAUUAACAUCCCUCAGCACCCUGCUACAUUGCACAGUAUGAUGGUGCGCAGCUCCCAUCAGCUCUCCAAACAGAUCUCAGACCUCAUUCGGCAGCCAUCCACAGCGCCUCAGCCUCCAAGGGAAGAUGUUUCGACUCCCCAUUCCUCUGAAAAGACCACCUCAAGUGUUAACCAGACCCCAGUCGAAGCCACUGAGUUUCCCCAGCUGCCAGAGGGCUUGGAGAAGAAGCCAAUCGUUCUCAAAUUCAGUGUCAUGUUAGAUGGCAUCACAAUAGGAGCAGCGUUAUUGCCGUCACUUAAAGCAGAAUACAAAAUGGGCCGAAUGAAAAGCCAUGGAAUGACAGGUGCACAAACAAGCUUUACAUUUGAGCUGCCCAAUCACAAACUGCGAUUUCAAUCUAAAGUAUCACCGGUGGAUAUGUCAACAAUGCCUCCUUCAGCCAGUUUAAAUCUGCCACCAGUCACCAUGUCUGGAGAAUACAUAAUGGAAGAACAUGAUAGCCAUUCUGAUCAGCCUUGGACUGGAGAUGACUUUCCAUCCAAACAGGGCAACUAUCUCCAAGGAAACUACCUGCGCUGUGUGGCUGAGAUUGGUUCGUUUGAGCACAACCUGACAACAGAUCUGUUAAACCACCUGGUAUUUCUGCAGAAGGUGUUCAUGAAGGAAGUCAAUGAAGUGAUACAGAAGGUUUCAGGGGGAGAACAGCCUAUACCUCUCUGGAAUGAACACGACCUUUCAACUGAUGGAGAUAAACCCAAAAUCCUGUUAUAUUCUUUGAACCUCAUGUUUAAGGGCAUUCAGGUUACUGCUACAACUCCAUCCAUGAGGGCAGUGAGGUUUGAGACCGGCCUCAUUGAGGUGGAGCUCUCCAACAGGAUCCAGUCUAAAGCUCAGCCGGGAAGCAGGAGCUACCUCAAACUUUUUGGGAAAUGCCAAGUGGACCUGAAUCUGGCAUUGGGGCAAAUCGUCAAACACCAGGUUUAUGAAGAAGCUGGUUCAGACUUCCACCAGGUAGCUUAUUUCAAGACACGGAUCGGCCUGAGAAACGCUCUUCAGGAGGAAAUUAGCUGCUCCUCUGAUAAAGAAGCUGUGCUUAUCACUCUCAACAGGCCCAUUGUAUACGCACAGCCGGUGGCAUUUGAUAGGGCUGUGCUUUUCUGGCUGAACUACAAGGCUGCAUAUGACAACUGGAACGAACAGCGAUUGGCCUUGAAUAAAGACAUUCAUGUGGCUACGAAAGAAGUGGUGGAUAAGUUACCUGGGAUCCAGCAAACCUCUGCUCAGGCUUUCAGUACACUGUUCCUUCAGCUGACCGUGAACGAUUUAGGGAUCUGUUUACCCAUCACAAACCCUUCACAGAAAGGACAUAUACCAGUAAUCGAAGGCAUCAUUUUACCCAGUCCCUCCUCUCCCAAAAGGAGUUAUGAAGCAGGGGCCGGCAGAUCUAUAGGACAGAAAAAAUAUGAAAGAAAAGCCAAUCACAGCAUUGAUUUUGAUACAAGCUCCGCAUUGGUUCUCACCAUUGAGAGCACUAUGAUCACCGCCUGCUCCUCAGAGUCUCUGGUCAGCAAAGGUCACUUUAAAAACUUCUGCAUACGAUUUGCUGAGGGAUUUGAAACAACUUGGGAUGACUGGAAACCAGAAGCGAGAGGAGAUAUGGUCAUGAAUGCUUGUGUGGUACCAGAUGGCACAUAUGAAGUUUGUUCUAGAACCACUGGGCAACAGUCAGCAGAGAGCAGUAGUGCUGGAACCUGGACCCUGAAUGUGCUGUGGAAGAUGUGUGGAAUUGAUGUCCAUAUGGAUCCCAACAUUGGAAAGAGACUCAACGCUCUUGGUAACACAUUCACUUCCCUGACCGGGGAGGAGGAUGUAGAUGAUAUUGCUGACUUGAACUCCAUCAAUAUGGCUGACAUCUCGGAUGAGGAUGAACCCGACACCAUGUCUCCCAUCAUCCAUGCAAAUACGGAAGGACCUGCUGUAACUGGACUGGACUGCACUAGACUUACACUUCGGAAACGGCUUGUAAACCACCUGCUUGGUUUGAGUCCUAAAAGCCAGAGAUAUUCAGUCCCGGCUGAGUUUCCCAGUGCAUUGUCAUCUUGCGACAGUUCUCAUUCUAGCAGAUCCAGCCCCAAAUCAUCCAGGCCUCUCUCCUGGGGAUGUGAGCCAAUUGAGCAUCGGCGCCAGGGAUUGACUGGGGGCCCGACAGCUGAAGGGCGAGGAAGGAAGUUCACGAAACGCUUAGUGGACACCAGAGAACUGAACGAGCAGGCUAAAGUUAUCGAUGACCUAAAAAAAUUAGGGGCAAGUGAAGGGACCAUAAAUCAAGAAAUCCAACGCUAUCAACAGCUUGAGUCUGUAGCAGUGAAUGACAUCCGGAGGGAUGUCAGAAAGAAGCUGAGGAGAUCCAGCAUGAGGGCAGCUUCUUUAAAAGACAAAUGGGGUCUAGGAUACAAACCCAGUAAUAGUAGGUCAAAGAGUAUAGCCACUACUGGGAGACCUCCACUGAAGAGGCUGGAGCGUGCCAGCUCUAGAAUAGGAGAUGGUGAAGACCAGCCAGAUAUCCGUGUAGAUGCCAGCUCCCCUGGACCACGAGUGACCUUCAACAUACAGGACACGCAGUCCUGUAGUCCUGCUGAAAAGUGUUUCAAGUUUCCGGAGGAGACAGAACUGGACCUGUUGUCAGUCACCAUUGAAGGCCCACCUCAUUUUCCAUCCGUUAGUGAAGGAUUAUGUUCAGUGUUCAGUACACCCAACACUCCGGUUGUGUUCUCACCAACCAUUCCCUUCCAGCAUGAAGAUAGCCGGCGAGACGACAGCCUGUCAUCGUCCAGCGAAGACUCUGACAAAGAGGAGGAUUAUGACAGGGAGAGACCCUGCUAUUACAGGAGAACACCGCAAACUUCCCGCAAGAAAUCCUCGGGAUUCGCUGCUGUGAGCCAGCUGUUCAGUGAGCGCUGGCCGGGAACGCCUGCAAACAAAAGCAUUUUGAGUGCCACUACUGAGAGAAACAUAGAUUUUGAGCUGGAUAUUCGAGUCGAGAUCGACAGUGGGAAAUGUGUGCUGCAUCCAACUACCCAGCCACCAGAACACGAUGACAUAAGCCUGCAAAGGAGUUAUGACCGAAGUUCAAGGAGCUUGGAUCAGGAGUCUCCACCAAAAAAGAAGAAACUUCAGCCAACUUACACUUCAGCUACACAUUUGCUGUCUGGAAAGAAAGUGCCAUCUUCUCUACAGACCAAGUCAAGUGAUUUUGAGACUACAGUAUUUUACAUACCUGGAGUAGAUGUAAAGCUGCACUACAAUUCUAAGACUAUGAAGACAGAAUCGCCAAAUGCUUCCAGAGGAUCCUCUUUGCCAAGAACCUUUUCCAAAGAGUCCAAACUGUAUGGUAUGAAAGACAGUGGCACUGCCCCUCCUCCCACUACAACCCAAAGCAAGACUAACAUGCUUCUUCCUCCCCCACCCCCACCUCUCCCGUCAGCCAAAGGGAAAGGAAGUGCCGGGGUGAAAGCAGCGAAGUUGUAUGCAUGGGUGGCACUACAGACGCUGCCAGAGGAGAUGGUCAUCAGCCCAUGCCUGCUGGAUUUCCUUGAGAAGGCCCUGGAAACCAUACCAAUAACUCCGAUUGAGAGGACGGCUGUCAGCGCUCAGGAUGAAGACAUGGCUCAGUUUGACCCUGUGGACCAGCUGGAGGAGUCCACCACAUCCCUGGUCUCGUCCUCCACAUCAGCUUACUCCUCAUUCCCUGUCGAUGUGGUGGUUUAUGUGAGGGUGCAGCCAUCUCAGAUCAAAUUUAGCUGCCUGCCCAUGUCGAGAGUGGAGUGUAUGUUGAAGCUGCCUUCCUUGGACCUGGUGUUCUCAUCAAACCGAGGAGAGCUGGAGACUCCGCCCACUGCCCACACAGCAGAUGGGGGACACCCUGCUGGCCCCACCCCCCCCUUCGCUCAGAACAGCGUAAAGAAUGCAGCCAAUAAAGGUCCCUCCCCAGGACUUGGAAGUCCACUGGGCAGAACCAGGCACAGCAGUAGCCAGUCGGACCUGACCAGUGCCAAUGCCAGCUCAUCAGGACUGAGUUUCACAGCCUGCAUGUCAGAUUUCUCACUGUACGUGUUCCAUCCCUACGGAGCCGGGAAACAGACGUCCGCUGCCACUGGCCUUACCCCUGGUUCAGGCCCACUAGGUACUGUGGAUGAGGAGCCCUCCUCUGUCACGGGCCGUAAAGACUCCCUGAGCAUCAACCUGGAGUUUGUGAAAGUGAGCCUGUCCCGCAUGAGGCGCUCUGGGGGGGCUCUCUUUAUUGAGAGCAUGGUGCCAGGGAAAGGGGGCAAGAUUGAGACCACUUUAAUUAACAUCUCAGCUGUGUGUGACAUAGGAUCAGCUUCCUUUAAGUAUGAUAUGAGGAGGCUUAGUGAGAUCCUGGCAUUCCCACGAGCCUGGUACAGGAGGAGCAUUGCAAGGCGCCUCUUUCUAGGGGAUCAGACUAUAAAUUUGCCAGCUUCAGGGCCAGCAACACCAGAUUCUGUUGAAGGGCUCAAUCAGCACCUUUCCCCUGAGUCGACCCGUAAAGCAUACUGUAGGACAUGGGACCAGUCUUCCCAGGCAGCCUCCUUCCAGCACAGGCCACAGUCGCCGAAUGUGUUCAGCGACCAUGCCCAGAACAGCAGCAUGUCCCCAGGGGGGAUAUCCCACAGCCUCAAGUCUCCUGCUGUAACCCGCUCCAGGAGUGUUUCCGACUCCUCCGCACCAAGAAGAGAUUCCAUCACUAAAACAUCCAUGCCAUCCUUUAACAAGGCCAGUAAGAUUGCCAGCCAGCAGGGCUCGCCCUGGGAGACGCUGGUCGUGUUUGCUAUUAACCUGAAGCAGCUGAAUGUACAAAUGAACAUGAGCAACGUAAUGGGGAACAACACUUGGACUACGAGUGGUUUGAAAAGCCAGGGCCGGCUCUCAGUAGGCAGCAACAGAGACCGGGAGAUCAGCAUGUCCGUUGGCUUGGGAAGGUCAAAGCUGGACUCCAAAGGAGGUGUUGUGGGGGGCAAUAUUGAUGUUAAUACUCUGGAAAUGGUUGCGCAUAUCUCUGAACAUCCGAACCAACAGCCCAGCCAUAAAAUUCAAAUCACCCUGGGCUCCACCGAGGCUCGCGUUGACUACAUGGGCUCCAGCAUCCUGAUGGGGAUUUUCAGCAAUGCGGACCUCCAGCUGCAAGAUGAAUGGAAAGUCAAUCUGUGUAACACCCAGGAGACGAGCUUGUCAGAGAAAAGUGAAAUCUUUGUCCAUGGGGAUCUACAGUGGGAUAUCUUCCAGGUUAUAAUAUCUAGAUCUACUACUCCAGACCUGAUUAAGAUUGGUAUGAAACUUCAAGAGUUCUUCACUCAGCAGUUUGAUACGAGCAAGCGGGCUUUGUCAACCUGGGGUCCUGUCCCCUAUAUGCCUCCCAAAGCUCCAGUCAUUAAUGUCGGGAAAGGUUCUGAUGAACAAUUCAUGGAUGCAGCUCAUCACCGCCACUGGCCAGGGGUUUUGAAGGUGAUCGCUGGGUGCCACAUAUCCCUGUUUCAGAUGCCUUUGCCAGAAGAUGCUGUUCAGUUAGGAGGCUCUAUGAGCCUCCAUGGGAACCACAUGACACUAGCCUGUUUCCAUGGGCCUAAUUUCAGGUCCAAGUCCUGGGCGCUCUUUCACCUGGAAGAACCCAACAUUGCUUUUUGGACUGAGGCCCAGAAGAUUUGGGAAGAUGGUUCUAGUGAUGAUUCAACAUACAUUGUGCAGACACUAGACUUUCAUUUGGGCCACAAUACUAUGGUCACUAAACCUUGUGGAGCCUUAGAAAGCCCGAUGGCUACCAUCACCAAAAUAACCAGACGCCGUCAUGAAAACCCACCACAUGGAGUAGCAAGCGUCAAAGAGUGGUUUAACUACGUGACUGCCAUGAGAAAUGAAGAGCUAAACCUCCUUCGAAAUGUUGAUGCAAACAACACAGAGAGUGGGGUAGCAGCCAAAAGCUCCAGCCUGCUGAGUGGAUUCCGAGGAGGGUUGAGUUACAACCAUGAGACUGAGACAAUCUUUGCUCUGCCAAGAAUGCAACUGGACUUCAAAUCAAUCCACGUGCAGGAGCCAGAGGAGCCUGCAUUACAGGAAACCAACAGCAAGCCAAAUGUGGAGUGCAGUGUUGUGACAGAAUUUACUGAUCACAUAUGUGUUACUAUGGAUGCAGAGCUGAUCAUGUUUCUGCACGAUCUGGUGUCCGCCUAUCUGAAAGAAAAAGAAAAAGCCCUCUUCCCUCCUCGCUUGUUUGCGACUCGACCGGGUCAGAAAAGUCCCACCACCAUUCACGAUGAGAACUCUGGUGAGAAAGACAAGGAGGAGACUAUUAACUACACCACCGUGGACUGGAGAGAGUUCAUAUGCAAUACAUGGCAUCUUGAGCCUACACUCAGAUUAAUCUCUUGGACUGGAAGAAAGAUCGACCCAGUUGGAGUCGACUACAUUCUCCAGAAGCUGGGAUUCCAUCAUGCCAGGACCACGAUUCCAAAGUGGCUUCAGCGAGGAGUCAUGGAUCCAUUAGAUAAGGUUCUCUCAGUCCUGAUCAAAAAGCUGGGCACCGCACUUCAAGAUGAAAAGGAAAAGAAAGGCAGAGACAAGGAGGAGCAUUAACAUGUCUACUGAUUUUUACCUUCAGAUCUUUGACACUAUGAAUUAAAAAAGUAUUAUCUUGCAAUGUGAAACACUACGUAACAAGAGAAGCGGUACAUAUAAAAAAACAAAACAAAACAAAACUGGAUAUUUCUCUGCUACCCUUACUUUUACGUUGACACUAUUAUUCCUGUGUAAAUGUACGAGUGUCCGUGUAGCUGUUUACUGUGGUGCAUGCUGCCACUGUGUAUUCAUUUUUAAGUAUUGCACAUUUAUUGUGGUACUUUGUAUAUUUUGAAAAAAACAAAAUGUAGGUUUAAAUUGUUUCAUUUCUGCUUAGCAUUCCGUUUUUAAAUGAUGAUGUGCAAUAGGCUUAAUGUAUAUAAAAUACUACUGACUCUUCAAUGUGAAUUUAAUAAAUGUAUUGAUUUCUUAACAUAAUAAAUCUUGCCGUUUA